AAUAUCUCUGCGCAAGCGGAAAUGAAAUAAAAUGGAGUGAUGCAUUGUGUGUAUGCACGCCGUUGCAUUUCGAUAUGCACGUCUUCCUGGCGUAGUCUAGUUGAAGUUGGUGGACAAGUGGCACGUCUUCGGAGUAGCAGCGAUACGUCGGGUGAAAACAGUUUUCACCAUGUCCAAGAAGCAGGACAAAGUAGACAAUGGCAUCGUCGCCGUGAAGAGCAAAUUUGACGCCGAUAUUAUCAGGUUCUCCAUCAAUCGUAAUGAACCUAUGAGCUAUGAGGACUUUGAAAAAUUAUUGGCAGAAAGGCACGAUUUAGGAACUGAUUUAAACUUUCUAAUUUGGUACACAGACACAGAUGGAGAUCUUCUCCCAAUCAAUAAUAACAAUAAUUUGGCCAGAGCUCUGUUGGCUACCAGGUGUCUGCUCCGAAUUUUUAUACAGAGAAAAGGUGACGGAACAUGGGACAAUGGACAAGGGACUAUAAAACCUAAGAAUUUGAUAUCAAGUAUCUUGGGUGGUACACCAGGAAAACCUAAACCUAUAGCCAUUUCAAAUCCUCAUGAUUUCAGGCAGGUAUCGGCUAUUAUUGAUGUUGACAUACUUCCUGAAACUUGUCGGAGAGUACGGCUUUUAAAACAUGGCUCAGACAAGCCAUUGGGAUUUUAUAUUAAAGACGGCGAAACAUUUCGCUUACUGCCACAAUCUGCUGGUGGAGGCAUAGAAAAAGUUCCAGGUGUAUUUAUCAGCAGAUUAGUACCUGGUGGUUUAGCAGAAAGUACAGGACUUCUUGCUGUAAAUGAUGAAGUUUUGGAAGUUAAUGGAAUAGAGGUUGCAGGCAAAACACUUGACCAGGUGACGGAUAUGAUGAUUGCAAAUUCUUCCAAUCUUAUUAUAACUGUCAAACCAGCAAAUCAAAGAGCAGCAUUAGCUGCACCUCGACGCGGUUCGUUCUCACGCAACAGUCAAUUGUCAUCGGGAAGUCAUCAAUCCACGCAGAGCGCUGGUAGCGACGAAGAAGCAGACGAAAUCGUUGAUCUUACUGGUCUAACAAUACAGGAUGAUGCCUCGACAUCAUCCUCACAACACCAUCACUACCAUCACCAUCAUGUGCAAAAUUACGAUCAGGGUGUACUGCAUCUUUAGGAAGAGUAAGAUCGAGCCGGUGCAAAUUUAUACUGCUGGGCACGCAGAAUCUGUAUUCAGAAGUAAAAUUUGCGCCGGCUCUGAAUGGACAUGUUUACUUUUGCAAGGCAUAACACAACUCUGCGUGACAUUGCGCGAAGAAUUAACUAUUGAAUUAAAAACUUCAUUUUAUCUCUUUCAAAGUGCUCAAAAACAAUUUGGAGGAUAUUUUUGAUGAAGGAUAAUAUUGCAGAUAAAACAGAAUGUAAACACAUGUCCAUUAAGUCGUGCUCAAUAUAGCAUUCGCUAAUAUAUUAUAAUAUAAUAUUAAUAAAUUAUAAUGUUAUAAUAUUAAUAUAUACUAUUAAUAUUUAAUAUUAUAA